AUGACGGAGCCAAGCUCCGUUGACCAAGCAGACUAUACAGUCGCGUGGUUAUGUGCCUUACCACUUGAGCUGGCGGCCGCAGAGUCAAUCCUCGAUGAUCCCCAUCAUCAUACACCCAACGAUGCCCAAAGCGGCUACUCACUCGGAAAAAUCGCAGGCCACAAUGUUGUCAUCGGCUGCUUGCCAUCCGGAAUUUACGGUACGAAUGCCGCAACAGGGGUUGUUUCACGCACGCAAUCCGUCUUUCCGAACAUUCGAUAUGGUCUUAUGGUUGGAAUCGGGGGUGGCGUACCAAGCAAAGCCGCAGAUGUUCGACUCGGGGACAUAGUGGUGAGCAAGCCGAUUGGAAAAUUUGGGGGCGUCAAACAAUAUGACCUCGGAAAAUCCAUUGGCGAGGUGCAUCUAAAGCAGACUGGAAUGUUAAACCAGCCCCCGUCUAUCCUCUUGACUGCUGCAUCUCAACUGGAAUCGAAGGGAAUGAGGAAGCAGGAACUUGCUAUUCUGGGGAGACACUGGAACUUCACCCGCCCAGCUCGUCAAUCAAAGGAUCCUCAAGUACAUUACGGAACGAUUGCAUCCGGAAACGGUGUUAUGAAAGACGCCCGUGAGCGUGAUGAAAUUGCAGAGAGAUUUAACGUACUUUGUUUUGAGAUGGAAGCUGCGGGCAUCAUGAAUCAUCUACCAUGUAUUGUGGUUCGUGGGAUCUGCAAUUAUUGUGACUCGCACAAAAACAAGGAGUGGCAGGGAUAUGCAGCUCUUGUUGCUGCAAUAUACGCUAAAAUGCUACUCAAGCUUGUGCCUGUGACCAAAGCCCAAGCUGAAAUGAAAACGGAUGAAAUUUUGAUGCUUCCAUUUGACCGUAACCCACGAUUUCUGGGGCGAAGUGAAGCAAUUCAGCGGUUAAAGUCUCAAGUAUUGACCAGAGAUCAUACGAAAGCCCGAAGAGCUGCAAUCUCGGGUCUAGGAGGAGUGGGGAAAACCCAGGUCACCCUUGAACUCGCCUACACGAUACACUCCCUAGACCCAACAUACUCUAUCUUCUGGAUUGCCUCAACGAGCAUAGAAACAGCAGAGCAAGCAUUUCAGAGCAUGUGCAAAGCAUUGGGGCUACCGGAUGGAGGUCCCGAUGAUAUAAAGUCUCGUGUGAAAGCUCAUCUUAGUUCUAAGAGAGCUGGAUCGUGGCUGCUUAUUGUGGACAAUGCCGACGACCCUACUAUGUGGCUAGAACCUAACAUCAAUUCAUCCCAUCCGCUCAAAAGCUUUCUUCCACAGAGCCACGAAGGCUUCAUACUUUUCACGUCUCGGAGUCAACGACUUAUGACUCAACUGGUUGGCCCUGGCGUUAUAAGACUAUCCGCAUUAGAUGAUGCGUCUGCUGUCGAUCUGUUCAAAAGCUCUCUGAUCGAAAAAGAAUUGACUGUGGACGAGGAAACUUCGAUCGCACUCAUACACUACCUAUGUGGUCUACCAUUGGCCCUUAUUCAAGCUGCGAGUUUCAUCAAUGAGAAUUCGGUGUCCCUUUAA